AAGAAAUUAGGAAAUUGGGAAAUUUGAUUUCCUCUCUUCUUCGCCAUAUUCCGAUCUCAGUUCUCUCUCUCGACAUCUCUCACUGUCUCGGCUCUCCUAGGCACAGCGCCGCCCACGCACGUCGCCGCCGCUCCGCUGCUGCACCUCCGUCCAACAUUCAUCCAGCCUCCGUAGUCUUGUGCCGUUUUCUGAGCCCUUCACUCUUCAUUGCUCUCUCCACAGCACCCAACAGUUUACAGCAGAAAAUUUGUGGUAUCUGAUAUGGACAGCCUAGUGGACUCUUUAAAUAACGCAUAUCAGGAGUUUGUUGCUGGAGCAGCUAAUGUUCUUGAAGCAAAUGAAGCCUCUGGGGCUCAGAAGACAGCAGCAACAGAUGCCGCUCUUGAGAAUUUUAAACAAAAAUGGGAGCUAUUCAGGGUUGCUUGUGAUCAAGCAGAGGAGUUUGUAGAGUCUGUGAAGCAAAGGAUAGGAUCAGAGUGCCUUGUUGACGAGGCCACUGGUUCACUGGCUGGCAAGUCUGGGCAGUCUGCCACCACUAGCCUUCCUCCAAUCAGUGCUGUUCGAUUGGAACAGAUGAGCAAAGCGGUAAGAUGGCUCGUGAUUGAGUUGCAGCACGGCUCAGGAGCUGCUGCUUCUGCUUCAGCACACUCUCAUCAGUCUGCUCCUUUUGAUGCUAGAUUUACUGAGGAUGCAACCCAAUAGGUACCUAUUAUCUUUUGAGGUUAUAACGUAACAAGUUCUUGUUUUCUGUUUUGCAUGAAAUGGCUUUUUUGGUUGGCGGUGGAGCGUUUACUGUGUAAGAUAAUCGGCUUGAGCUUUAACUAUACAUGAAAAAGCGGAUCCAUUUGUUCUGUAUCUAUUGUUAACUAAUAUAGUUUCAUGUUCUUUGUACUUGUUUGUUUUUCUUGGAGGUUUGGUGGGGAGAAAUUGUCUCUAGUAUAUAUACUAAUGUGGGGAUUCAAAACUAAGGUGUCUCCAGUUUGUGGAUUUGAUUUCAUUUGUGUUAUUAAAAUGCAUAGAAAAAUAUUUCUAUUUAA